AUGGCUCCAAGCGGUAAAGAGGAAACUUCUUCUAGUCCACCACCAUUUUCUUGGUCUGAAUUGGCCAAAGAUGCAGUGUGGUCGAUGAAAUCGUUAGUGAUCAACCCGGAAUUCUGCCGGAUCGUGGUUUUUCCACUUUUGAUAGCUGAGUCAAUCGCUAUGGAGGUAAUUAUCCUCAAUGUUCCUUACACAGAGAUCGAUUAUUCAACUUACAUGCAGCAGAUCGACCUUAUUGAGAAGGGAGAACUUCAUUAUAGCCAGGUAGCUGGAGAUACUGGCCCCAUAGUCUACCCAGGAGGCUACGUUUGGAUUUAUUCGUGGAUGAAGUUUCUUACUAACGGCAUAGAGAACUUGCGUUUGGGUCAGGAGGCCUUCCGGAUUCUCUACUUGGCAACCUUGUUGCUUGUGUUUGUGGCAUACUUCCUCACUGGGGCACAUAUUCGGCCUUAUCUGUUGUAUCUGCUUGUGUUGUCCAAAAGAUUGCACUCCAUUUACGUUUUAAGACUGUUUAACGACUGUUUUGCGACCUUUUUCUCUGUAGCUGCCGUUGUGGCGUUGCAGGUUGCUGCCAGGGUUAAGGUUUCUGGAGGAUUUACUUCCAAAAACUCCAGAUGGCUCAUUGUUCUCUGUUUAUUGGCUGCUGAUUUGCUUGCCGUGGCCAUUUCCGUCAAAAUGAAUGCUCUUCUCUAUUUGCCAGGCUUUUUGGUGGUGGUAUACUUCCUCUGCAAUGAAAAUCUACUCAAAACUGCUCUCGUUUCACUCUUCGGUUUCCUUGUAGAGCUCGGGAUGAACAGCAAAUUUCUUUUCGACUCGGAUCUUCAAGUCCGUACCGAAUUCAUUUCGAAUGCUUUCGAUUUCGGCCGUCAAUUUCUUUUCGAAUGGUCCGUCAACUGGAAGUUUCUUGGUCCGCAGUUAUUCUCAAGUCGUGUCUUCCAUACAGCUUUGCUUAUUUUGCACGUGAUCGUACUCUUAGCUUUCCUAUUCUGUCGUUGGUUAUCGAAGUCCCUAAUUGGGAAGUCCCUUUCACAAUUUAUUCGCGAUGCCAUAACAAAGCCCCAUCAAGAUACCAUAUGCCAGGAUAAUGUGAUAUUCUCACCCGACAACUCUACCAACUUUGUGCUUUGGGUCAUGACCCUCUCUAACUUCAUUGGUGUGCUUUUUUCGCGUAGUUUGCACUACCAAUUUCUUUGCUGGUAUUCAUAUUCGCUUCCCUAUUUGUUAUAUACGACAGGAUUGCCUAUGGUGGUGAUAACUGCACUCUUUGCAGCUCACGAGUGGUGUUGGGAUGUGUAUCCGUCGACCCCUGUGAGCUCGGCUGUGUUGGUUUCCAUUCUAUUGAUUGUAGUUGUGGCAAAUUACUUGAGUAAUCCUUUCAGAAUUGUCAGACAGGAUACUAAGUCGAAGGAGGAAUGA